GAAGAACCAGAUAACAACAAUGUGCCCUCUGCUUUUGGCUGAACUCACUGCUGCAGAAGAUACAGCAGAUAGUGGUAUUACUUGUGUAUUUAUGUCAUAAACUCAAAAAUCUCAGUUAUAUUUUUGCAUAAAGGGAUCCACAGAUUCAACUAACCCGGCUUGAGGGGCAAAGUCAUGGCUUACGCAUUAAUUUUAAAAGCUUUGCACCGGAAUCUGGUGCAGACAGCAGGCAGGCUGUGCGAGCGGAGACAGCAGCUGCUGCAGGUCGGAGUGCUGGUCCACACACACAGGACCAGCUGCACGGGGUCCAGGCUGCCGCUGCUCACAGUAGAGGCUCUGUCCCCGGCACUGGGCUGUCUCGGUCCAGUGCAGACACGGAGGGGCAUUUCUCUCUGCUUCGCAGCCAGAAACAGGAGCAGCCCCGCGGACAGAGACAAGUCCGUCUCCGCGCACCGGGCCGGGAGUCCCGGCGCGUCCGCCGCGCAGAAAGUGAAAGAUGCCGGCAGAGACUUCACCUACUUGAUAGUUAUCCUCAUCGGACUUGGAGUGACAGGUGGGCUGUUGUAUGUGGUGUUCCAGGAGCUGUUUUCCUCCAAAAGCCCAAAUAAAGUCUACAGCAAAGCUUUUGACAAAGUCAAAUCACAUCCAGAGGUUAUUGGCGCAUUUGGCGAGCCAGUCAAGUGUUAUGGCGAGACCACUCGGCGAGGAAGGAGGCAACAAGUCAGCCAUGUUGAGUAUCUGAAGGAUGGACUGAAGCAUAUGAGACUAAAGUUUUACAUCGAAGGCUCAGAACCAGGCGUGAAAGGAACUGUGCACUCGGAGUCAAAAGAGAAUCUUGAAACUGGAAAAUAUGAGUUCCGUUAUAUAUUUGUGGAAGUAGACGCCUAUCCCAGACGGAACAUCCUUGUGGAAGACAACAGAUGAGCGGGAUGUCUGCCAAUCAAAAUGGACCACUGUGCUGGUGUAUAAAAAUCAGAAUAAAUGGAUUUUCUAAAAUAGUAAAUAAAGAUAUUUUGUGUCAAAUA